GAUUAAAAAGCAAGCUGACAACUUUGCUAACCAUCAAGCAAGUGCAACAACACAAGACGUAGCAGCUGCUGCUGAACACGCUCACAUUAUGUUUAGGAGAAGACUGGAACUAGAGGCAAACAGCUAGCCUGGCUCACUGAGGUCAUUAGUCUAUUGUAUAUCUGUCACGACUUUGGUGUUUUUAAAGUGCUAUACAAAAAAAACACCCAAAAACAAAAAAACUUAAUACAAACAAAUACAAAAAAACAUAGCUUAGACAAAUUAGCAUUAUAUCUUGUUGUUUAAUCAGUGAUAUAACAUGUUCAUUGUGACCUUAUUUCUGUUUUGUUUUCAUUUUAGACCCAUACAUGUUUAAAGACCUUUAAACUUAUCGUUUUCAUUUAUGAGCCUCGUACUCUGACUGAUGAACACACAUGAACACAUUUUUUGUCAAUUCUUCAGCGAAGCGGUUAUUAAGUGGGCAGGGCUCCAUUGGAAAAAAUGUGAAGUCAUGGGGUUGUUUACUUGUGUUGUCAGGGCACUUUCAAUCAAGUCAAACCCAACCACACAUCCUCAGUGAGAGAAAUCUUCUUGAACACAGUAGAUGGGUGUAGCAGUAGGGCCAAAGUCCUGAUAGGUGAAUGUGCUGUGAUGUCGUCUGAUGAAGGUGCUUCACUGCUGACUUCGCUCAUAUAUAUGUAAAGGUACUUAAAUAUAACUCUGUUUGUUGUUGAUUGUAUGUAAUGUUAAAUUAAUGCAGACCUUUGUACUUUCUUUAUGUAGGACUGGAGGACGGGCCCUUUAUUUACGUCACUGUCAGUCAAAUCAGAUCAAACAAAUGAGUUAUUGGGUGAUAAGGAUAUUUAUUUCUGAUCUUUAAUAUCAAUAGUUAAGAUAUUAUUAUAUAAAAUAUUUAAGAUUUGAAACAAAGUUUUCCUGUUGGAGAUGUCAGCCAUGUUGCAUUGUAACACAAUAAGGGAAGAACGCUGCAAUAAACCUUAAUGGGGGAGAGAAAUAUUUCAAAAUACCUCUGAUUGAGUUACAGGAGAUCAUUUUCAUGUAACACUUUUGUAAUGAUAAUACCAGAGCUUAAGUAAUAAAGAAAGGAGUGAAAUCUGCCUCUUGUCAGCAUUUACGAUGAGAAGCACUUGCAUGAUUAGAUGUCUUGCGAUCGAUGCAGCCUUUUCUCCCAAUCAUUAAGACUGCUCUUAACAGAUUACAGCCCCCUCCCAAACACGCACAGUCUUUUCUCCUCCUCUUCCUGCUCCUCCUUCUGUCUCACACACGCUCUCAUUCAGCAGAUACAACAGGAGAUUUGCCUCCGUGGCGCUUCUUUAGCUUUCUCUUUGAAUUCCAACCUUUUUAGAGCAUUUUCUUCCACCUGACGCCACAGCUCAGUCUGUCUGCUUUCACCUGAGCUCCACUGACGACCAGAUGAGCAGACGAGCGGGAUGGAAAAAAGCCUAAACUGAAAUACAAAAGGUGGUGGUGAACUGACUAUAACUGACAAAAAUGGACCUACUCACAAUCUUCUGUCACCUCCUGCUUUUGUGUUUUGAUCCAUCUGCAGCCACAAGUCUCAUCACAGCGGAUAUAUUUGAAGCCAGAGGUCAGCGUGUGUGCAAGGCGGGAAAAGGGAAGCCGUGUUACAAGCUGGCAUACUUCUCCGAGCUCCGGAGGAGGCUGAACUUCGCAGAGGCGGAGCUCGCCUGCAGGCGGGACGGAGGGCAUCUGCUUAGCGUGGAGUCGGAGUCUGAGCAGAAGAUCAUACAGCAGCUCAUCACAGAGCUCCGCCCAACUGAUGGAGACUUCUGGAUCGGUCUUCGCCGUAACCAUGGUGAUGAGGACAGCAGUUCAGACUGCUCCCCACAGUACUACUGGCUGGACGGCAGCAAGUCCACAUUUAGGAACUGGCACUGGGAUGAGCCAUCGUGUGGCUAUGAGGUGUGUGUGGUGAUGUAUCACCAACCAUCUGCUCCUCCCGGUCUGGGAGGGCUCUACAUGUUUCAGUGGAAUGACGACAACUGUGAAACCAAGAACAACUUCAUCUGCAAAUACACUGCGGAGAAGACACCGGAGCCUUCCCCUUCUCCCAACUCCACUCAAACAAAUGUCUUCCCUUCAUCUGUUGUGCCGUGGAAUUCGGGCACCCACAAACCGGGGAGUACAGCUCUGAACUUGGUUUACAUCAUCAUUCCCACCAUCCCUCUGAUACUCCUGUUACUGACAGUGAUUGGAGUCUGCUGCUUCAAACUGAUCGUCAGACGAAAGAGGAAACAGCAGAAAUCAGAAGUGUGCCAGACAGACCUGGGCCUCGGUGCCAGCACAACUCCACCUGACGUCUACAACGUCAUCCGCGCCCAGAAGGAUGAUGACCUGGUUUCGGCACGCCCACACACCAAAAACACCUCUUUUCUAUGCUCCUCUCCUGACACACCCACAGGUGACUAUGACAACCUGGGUGGUCGGGACACAGAGAGUGGCUUUGUGACGCUUGCCAGCACAGAGAGCUGCUUCCUCAACUUUGACCUCAAUGACCUCAGCCUUGGGCGACGUAGCACCUUCUACGACGCCAGCUUGGGUCGCACAGGAAAGAAGGAGUUGAAUGACAGUAGUCUGGGUUCCACUGGACACAGAGAGUUUUAUGACAGGAGUCUAGGUCGCCGCACGACAAAGAGUGAGCAUUACGGCAGUAGUGUGUAUGGGGACCAUGGAUUGUAUGAUAGAGGAGGCAGUGACCUCUAUGACCCCAAACUUAGGGCUGGAAGUCGCACAGUAAAGGCUGACCUCUAUCAGACAUACAUCACCAAUGGGAAGGAGGACACUUACCAAACCAGCCUCGGGACCUAUGGAAACCGAAAAUCCUACCAGGCAAAUCUGGACUGCUACCGGAACGGCCUGACUCUUGAUGGCAGAGGGAGAUACUUCAAUGAGCAAGAAUGGAUCAACAGAGAAAACUACUGAUCCUUUAAACAGCUCAUUUAUUGUGUGUGUAUAUAGCAGUGUAUGUGAGCGUUAGUGAGGAUGAGAGAAUGGCAAAAGACGUACGGUUGUAAUAGUUUGUAUGAGAUUAAAAUCAGGUGAGGACAUGCUCAAGUUAUAUUUUUUCACCAGCCCCACAAGUCAGCCUGUAGCCUGGUGGUACAUUAGGACCAUGUGGCAAAUUUGUGAUAAAUUCUGAGUCUAUUUACCCAAAUUACAAAGAAACAUCGUCUCACUUCUAUCUGAUCUAUUCUAAUCAUGUCUAGCCAUGAUGAUAGUUUUGUGUGUCCCUGAGAUUUCUGCCUCCAGCCCAGGUAAAUGGAGAUGAAUGAAGUUUUGUUUGUGGCGCUCAAACAUUGGAGAAUUACAUAAAAAAAAUUCAGGCUACUCCACAGAACUACAGCUUUCAUUGCAGCUACUUUCUUCUGAAGAGUGUGCAGCUUAUUCUAGACACCGUUUUAAUUUUCUGCAUAUUAAAGUCCAUUCUUAUAGUAAUGUGAUGGCAUUAUCUCUGAGACAAAUAUGGCAAAACUUGGGACACGUAUCGAAACAAUCUGCAUGGUUUGCUGUAGUGGAGAGCUAAAUUGUUGGAACUCUUUCAACACGAGUCUCUCUACCUGAGUCGUCAAGACUUUCUCUGGACCCCUCUAUAGACCCCGAUCACUUCAGCUGAUGUUCUGCUUUAACUGGGAACAAACACUUUGAGAUAAAUUACCACAAACAAACGCACACACAGGAAACCUGGGGCUCCUUAGCGGCUAAAGUUAAAGCCAAACAACUUUUGUCGAGUAACAGCAUGAAAUGUGUCAGAUCUGAGACUGUAGUGAUGAUGAGUGACACGGACAGUCAACGCGUGGGUCUGUGUGUGUGUGUGUGUGUGUGUGUGUGUAGCAGCCUGUUUGCAUGGCCUUGUCAUGCUGCCCUUGCUUGGUAGGACAACAAUUCAGGUCUUGGACCUUCAUGUUUGCUGUGCCUGAAAAUAUUGUUUAAAUCAUACCCAAGUUUACGUUAUAUAAAUCAAACCGAUUAAGACACAUUACUGCUUGAGGGAGCCACGGCUGAAUAUUUUUAUGUACUGCAAGUGUGUUUCGACGUGGCCUUAAAUUGUAAGAUGUCCAGAUCUUGGAUUAACUUUCACUGAUUGAUUGUUCCCUUAUUUAUUAAUGGCUUUCUGUCAAGUAAAUUAAUGAGUACAUUAAAGACGGCCAAAGACAAUGCUAGCAAGUGGAAAGGUGGCUCAUACAGUGAAUUCAGCUUGAGCGCCUGCAGCCUGACCACAGCAGUGGCAUGAUUACUGAAGAGAAUAAAAUAUAGCAUCGUCAUUAUUGUUGUUUAUUCAGAAUGUAUAAUGCCUUGACAUCUCUCCUGUAAGUGAGAGUGGUUUGUAUGUUUGUUACAUGAGGAAUCUUCAAAUAAAACGAGAUUAAAAAUGAA